UCGUCGUUUUGUCUGGGGUUGUGGGUUCAUGCUGUGUGAAAUGCGUGACAAUAUGAGGGCUUGGAAUACAGUUUCUGCGGAACGUUUUCGAUUCAACGGAGCAUAUUGUUGGCAUUGAAGCUUGGGCCUCGUUUUCUUUGUUGAGUUUGGCAUAUUGAAGUUCGCCAUAUAGAAUUAUUGUAACAAGUUCACCUACUAUCAGUGUCCGCCAUGCUGGGCGGGAACCCGGUGUGUGCGCUGGAGCGGCGCUCGCUGGCCGGCCGCGGACUGCACGUGUCAGAGCUGCUGGACGCCAGGCUGGAGGCCGCCUCAGGCCUCUACCACCGCGACCUGGUCGCCCACUAUGGCUGCAUCAACGCCAUCGAGUUCUCCGCCUCCGGCGCGCUGAUGGCCUCCGGCGGCGACGACCGGCGCGUCUUGGUGUGGGACGUGGCGCGCACGCUGUCGGGCGGCCGGCACCCGGUCGUGCCGAUGGUCUCGCAGCACCUGUCCAACAUCUUUUGCCUGGCGUUCGACGCCGCCGAGAGGCGCGUCUUCUCGGCCGGCAACGACAAACAGGUCAUCGUGCACGACCUGGCCACCGGAGCCGCGGUGGAUGUGUUCACCGAGCAGCAGGCUGUGUACGGCCUCAGCGUGGAUCCGUGCCGGGAGAACGUCUUCGUGGCCUCCUGUGAAAACGGCCGCGUGCUCCUGUUUGACCUGCGUAUGAGUCUGGCUGAGCCACACUCACUGGCUGAGCAGGGCUCAUCACUGGCCGCCUACUACUCGGCCAUGUUCAGCCCGUCCGAGCCCCAGCUCGUGGCCACGGCCAACUCCAAAACUGGCGCGGCUGUGUACGACGUCCGCAUGCCCGGCAGGGUGUUGCAGAGGUACGGCGCCUGCCGCUACGGCGCCAUGUCGGCGCGCUACAGCAGCGACGGCAGGAGGCUGUUCGUGCUGCGGCGGAGGCUUCCCCCGGUGCUGUACGAUCUGAUGUCGCCCACCUCACCCAUCUGUCAGUUUGACCACCCGUUCUACUACAACUCCUGCACCAUGAAGAGCUGCUGCUUCGCCGGCAGCCGGGACCAGUUUGUGCUCUCGGGCAGCGACGACUUCAACCUGUACAUGUGGCGGAUCCCUGACAAUCCAGAGACGAAGCGCGUGAGCCGCGCGCACGCCGUGCUGCGUGGCCAUCGGUCGAUCGUCAACCAGGUGCGCUACUGCCCGCAGAACGGCCUGCUCGCCUCGUCCGGCGUCGAGAAAAUCGUCAAGCUGUGGAGCCCGGUCCAGCUGCCGGAUAGCGAGGGCGGCCUGACCUUUGACCCGGAGACGGAGCGCAGCUCGCGGCGCAUUCCCCGUCAGGGCGAGUACGUCGAUAUGGUGGUCAACGCCGGAGAUAUAUUCGGCAACGACUUCAACCAGCAGUCGACGGACGAGGACCCGCGCAUGCUGGCCUUCUUCGACUCGCUGGUGCAGCGCGAGAUCGAGACGCUGACCACGGAGACGGACAGCAGCACCGAGGAGGAUGGGGCGCCGAGCCGCCGCCGGGGGGACAGUUCAGACGAGACUGCUGACUUCCACAGCUACUUCGCGGCGGCAUCAGAUCUCGACAACGACCCGACAGACGGAUGCGCCGGCGUCUCCUGUCCGGUGGACAACAUCAUCUCCCGCAUGAUCGACAUCAAGCGCAGCCAGCUGAUGCGGGCGGCGCGGCUGCGGUGGCGGCGCGCCGCCGGCGUGCCGGCCAGCUCGGACGAGGAGACGGCCGCCGACGGCUUUCACAGCCGCCACCGCCGCGUUCUGCACAAGGCCAGGUACGUCUGGCUGCCGUUGGGUGGCGCCGAGGUGUCGUCGCGUUACACGGCGCGCGCGCCGCCGGCCGCCGCCUCCUCGGACGACUCAGACGGAGCGCCGGCGGAGGCCGCCGGCGCCCCCCUCACCAACGGCAACACCAAGGACAACUUCAGCCGGCUGAACCGGCGCGACUUCAGGCGCCGAAACUACCGACGUCGCCACUGA